AUGUACUCCAAUAAUUUUGGACAACAACAGCCUGGCAGCCAGCAGUAUGGAGGGGGCUUCAACAGCUUGGGUCAGCAGCAGCAACAGCCCAGUCCAUUUGCACCUCAGCCUACUGGCUAUGGACAACCUCAGCAACAGCAGCAGCAGCAGCAGCCGAUGCAGUCGCAGUUCACUGGAUAUCCCAUGCAGGCCCAACCGACCGGUAUGCCUCAGCAGUCGCAGCCCCUCCAGCAGCAGUACACGGGCUUCCCCUCGCAAGGGUUCAGCACCGGUGCGCCGCCACCACCGGUACCAUCGAUACCGAACCAAUACCAGUCGCAGUUUCUGCAGCAACAGCAUCAGCAACAGCAGCCGCAGCAACAGAGCUUCCAGCCCACGCAGACUGCGGGCUUCUCCGCGUCGCCUCAGCAGUCUGCCGGGCCUUCGCAGCCGCCCCCCGCACCCGUGAAACCUCAACCUACAGGGUUUAGCCAGAUGACCGCUUCAUUCCAGGCGGCUGGCACAUCGUCUCGUACGCAGGACGCUCGACCGGCCAAGACGAACAAGAUCCCCAACAUUCGCCUGUCGUUCAUCACCGCCAAAGACCAGGCACAGUUCGAAACUCUGUUCAAGUCGGCCGUGGGUGAGGGCUCCAGCACAAUGUCGGGCGAACGCGCACGCGACCUACUUCUUCGCUCGAAGCUUGAUGGCGACUCGCUCUCGCAUAUCUGGACACUGUCGGAUACCACUAGAGCUGGAGAGCUGUACUUCCCCGAGUUCGCCUUGGCCAUGUACCUCUGCAACCUAAGACUCUCUGGCAAGACUCUCCCACAGAUGCUACCUGAACAUAUCAGAAACGAAGUCUCCAGCAUGGUCGAUAUUAUUGGAUUCAGCGUUGUUGAAGAAUCCCUUGGCUCAGCUGCCGCUGCCACCAACAAGCCGAACUUUCAGUCCAGCAGCCAACAAUCCCAACCCCAGCCUUCCAACAGUCAGAUUUUGCAAUCGCAGAUGACGGGCUUCCCGACUCAGCAGACUGGCUUUGGCGCAUCCACCCAGAGCAUGCAGCCUCAAGCGACUGGCUAUCCUGGCAUGCAGAAUCCCCAACCGACGGGCUAUGCUGGCCCUAGACCACCAAUGCCUCCUAUGCCUACGGGUUACAACCAAAGCAGUAUGGCCAUGCCAUUGAAUGCACAGCCAACCGGCGCACCGGGCCAAUGGGGCCUUGUCAAUGCCCCUUUGUCUGGCUUACCUAACAUUGAUGCUUUACAAGCGCAAAUGAUGCCUCAGCAAGGCCGUGAGGGCGGAAGCUUUACUACCCAAGGUCUGCAGGGUAAUGCUGUUAUUCCGUGGGCUAUCACCAAAGAGGAGAAGACACGGUACGACUCUCUUUUUCGAGCAUGGGACGGCUUUGGCAAGGGUCACAUCCUCGGCAGCCAAGCUAUUGAGAUCUUCGGCCAGAGUGGUCUCGAGAAGCCUGAUCUGGAGCGCAUUUGGACACUGGCGGAUCACGGAAACAAGGGUCGUCUGGAUCUUGACGAAUUCGCUGUUGCCAUGCAUUUGAUUUACAGAAAGUUGAACGGUUACCCCAUCCCCAAUAACUUGCCGCCUGAGCUUGUCCCGCCUUCUACGCGCAACCUGAGUCGAUCGAUUGGCACACUCAAGAAUAUGCUCCACGAGGAAUCCAACUUUCGCAAGGAUUCCGGUGCUGCUCUUCUGCCGCAAAAGACCGGCGUAAGCUACAUGAAGAACCGCUCGCUGCGUGGUUUCAACACCCCAACCACUGCUGGCCGUAAGGAUGCUACUGUGUUCCGCAACGAUGACGAAAGUUUUGGAUACAAGUCGAGUGCUCGCCGCCGAGUUGGUAACAACACUGAGCGCUCCGAAUCGCCCUCCUCUGUGGGGUCCAAUGAUGAGUUGACACUGGACCAGCUCCGAAAGAAGAUCAAGGAAAAGGAGGUUCUCCUUGAUGCCAUGGAUUUCCAGGACGAGAAGAAUAUGGAAGAGGACGAUGUUCUUGACAGACGCGAUCGCCGUGAGUCGGAAGAGUUGUAUCGACGCAUCCGACGUAUUCAAGGCGAUAUUGAUGCUCAUCCCAAUGCCUCGUUGGCUGGCGGUGACUCUGAUGCUGAAAGACGUGCCCUGAAGCGACAGCUCCAGAAUUUUCUUGAUAAGGUGCCCGAGCUAGCUUCGCAGGUUCGCAAGACUGAAAAAGCUAUUAUGGAUGCUAGACUCGAGCUGUUCCGACUCAAGGACGCCAAGGCCAAUCCUGGCAGCGCCUCAACCAUUGUUGGAACUGGCCCAGGUGGUGUUGUCACCGAAUCCGACCGACUGAAGGCACGUGCCAAAGCCAUGAUGCAGCAACGCACCGCUGCACUGACGGGCAAGAGGGUUGACGUUCCGCUUGAUGAUGACUCUGCUUCUAAGCGCCUGGAAGAAGAGAGCAUCAAGGUGAAGAACGAGAAGGAAAGCAACGAGCGAAUGGUCCGCGAUGUCGAGGAAAGUGUUGGCGUGUUUGCUCGUGGUAUCGAAGACAACCUCAAGGACGGCGCUCGGGAUAAAAGCAGCGAGCACGAGCGGCGUCGUUGGGAUGAUGCAUUGGGCGUUGAAGAUGAAGUACGUGAUUUCAUCUUUGAUCUUCAGCGUGAGAGCCGCGCCGCCCGUGUUCGGUCCCAGGACAAGAGGACAACUCGACCCGCGGCGACAGAGCAGCCACGCCAGGAGCGUGCUGCUCCCGUCCCUGCUCGCGUCGAAUCACCAGUGUCUACUUCGCGAACUUCGACACCUCCCGCUGCUGGCGGUUCCUACGCCGCUUACAAGACACCAGAGGAGCGUGCCGCUUUUAUUCGGCAGCAAGCGGAGCAGCGUAUGGCUGAGCGUCUGGCCGCUCUCGGUAUCAAGGCUCCUUCUAAGCCGGGCGAGAGCGCAGCCCAGCGUGCUGACCGCGAAAAAGCGGAGCGAGCAGCCAAGCUCAAGCAGGCGGAAGAGGAGGAUGCUCGCAGAGAGACGGAGCGUCGUGCUAGACUGGCCGAUGAGCAAGGUGUGCCGCCUCCUCCUCCUGCUGCAGAGGCACCCAAGCCGGCGCCCCCGCCUCCCCGAAAGGCACCCAAGGCCGAUGUUGUUGAGACCCGGGCGGCGGAACAGAAGCUUGCUGAAGAGCACCACCAACAGCAGCAGGAAGCUAAUGAUAUGCAGAACGCGGUCAAGGAGGAAGAAGAUGAGUACGCCAAAGAACAGCGGGCUAGUGAGGCACGCCUCAAGGCGUUGGAAGAACAGGUGAGACAGGGCAAGCUACGCAAGGAAGAGGAGAAGAAGAAAAAGAAGGCUGCUCUGGCCGAGGCCAGGGAGAAGGAGGCCAAGCUGGCUGCCCGACGAGCUGAGGCGGAGGCUGCCAAGCAACGAGAGCUUGAGCUGCAGCGGCAACUGGAGGCCAUGAACGAUGACUCGUCUUCAGAUGACGAGGACGGCCGCGAGCAAGUCACUCCCAUGGAAUCUUCGGAGCGCAGCGUGGAUGAGGAGCCCAACUCUGCACCACCUCCGCCUCCUGUGCCGGUCUCCUCACCGCCACCCACGAUAGUGACGUCGCCGCCUGCGGAGACGGAGAGUAAGAAUCCCUACAAGAAAAUGAUGUCGCACCCAUCUGAGACGGCCUCUCCUGCGACCACAUCUCCGGUGGCCGCCCCUGCGGCCCCUGCACCCCCCGUGCCCAAGGCGGUCGCACCGCCGGCGGCCGACGCGUCGACGAACCCCUUCCACCGUAUGACCCAGCAGGGUGGUGGUAGUGGUGGCUCUGCCCCCGCUCCCCAGGCUCCCAUCUCGCGCAAAAGAGCCGACUCGGACGACUGGGGCUCGGACAAGGAUGACGACUCGGACGACUCUGAUGACGAGCGGCCGGGCGGUGGCAAUGCAGCUCAGCUCGCGUCGAUCUUGUUUGGUACCAUGGCACCACCGCGGCCGCUUUCUGCGGCCGGGAGGGACUCGAAGCCGGCCAGCCCAGCGCCGGCCAGAGACGCACCCAUCGCCUCACCCCCUCCUCCUCCUCCCGUGCCCGGUGUAGGCUUGGAUGCGCCCUCUGGACCACCCCCCCCUCCUCCCAUGCCUGGAAGCAGCGACUUGGGAGCACCAAUCGGUGCGCCGCCGCCGCCGCCUCCCAUGCCUGGCGUGGCAGCUCCUCCUCCGCCGCCUCCUCCUGCUGGUGGUGCACCACCACCCCCUCCCCCUCCUGGGAGCGGCGCACCGCCGCCUCCUCCGCCUCCCGGGGGUGCACCAGCACCGGCAGCACCGGCAGCUGGUCCGCCAGCCGGGUUUCUCAACCAAAUUCAGGGCGGCUUGAAGCUGAAGAAGACGCAGACCAAGGAGAGCUCCGGACCGACGGUUGGAAAGGUUUUGGGUUAA